UCAACUUCAAUCUUUCUUAAAGGAUCGGACAAGUGACCAAUUAGAAUUAGCAUUGUCCUCUGAGUGGGCGGGGUUUAAAACUCAUUCUAAAAAAGUAGGCGGAGGCACUUCCUUUCCUGGCUAACUUGGCUCUUGUGUCAGCAGGACGACAGUGAAAGACUUUAGUAAAGUUUCUGUUUUGGUGCCCCCCCCCCCUCGUCCUGACAUGGCCCCCAGCGUACAGCUUAAGGAGGCGAUAGCCGAUGUGCAAGAGGGCAUCCGCGCCAUCCUGCUAGGGCCUCCUGGAGCCGGGAAGGGGACUCAGGCCCCCCGGCUGGCUGAGAAGUACUGCGUGUGCCACCUGGCCACCGGGGACAUGCUGAGGGCCAUGGUGGCCUCGGGCUCCGAGCUCGGCCAGAGGCUGAAGGAGACCAUGGACUCUGGGAAGCUGGUGAGCGAUGAGAUGGUGGUGGAGCUCAUAGAGAAGAACCUGGACUCCCCCCCCUGCAGGAACGGCUUCCUGCUGGACGGCUUCCCCCGAACAGUCAAACAGGCCGAGAUGCUGGACCACCUGUUGGACAAGAGACAGGAGAAGCUGGACUCUGUGAUCGAGUUUGCAGUUGAUGAUUCUCUGCUGGUUCGUCGGAUCUGUGGCAGACUGAUCCAUCAGCCCAGCGGCCGCUCCUACCACGAGGAGUUCAACCCCCCCAAAGAGCCCAUGAAGGACGAUAUCACCGGCGAGCCGCUGAUCCGCCGCAGCGACGACAACGAGACGACGCUGCGCUCGCGGCUGGACGCCUACCACCGGCAGACGGCGCCGCUGGUGCAGUACUACGGCGCCCGGGGGCUGCACACCGCCGUGGACGCCGCCCAGAGCCCCGGCGUGGUCUUUGCCUCCAUCGUGGCCGCCUUCUCCGGCGCCACAGACCUUCCCGCCCGCGCCGCCGCCUCUGGUUGAAUCCCGCCGAACAGAUGGCGACAGCAGGCUGGAUGGAGGGAUGUGGGAGCUCCUCAGACUCAGACUGGUGGUUCUGGUGCUGCCCGGCUCCGGCCAGUGGGCUCUUUUUCAUUCCCGGUGGAGCAAAUCUCCGCCUCCUCCAGCGUCCCCUCCAAUAAACCUCUUGCUUUUCUACAAUCAUCUCGUCUUUGGCGUCUUUUCUUCUGCCGACUCUCAGAUCCGGAAGGUAACGGGACUCGGUC